CUCGUCUCUUCCCGGCGCCGGGCCCCUUGCCCGCGCCCCGCUAAGGCACCUCUCGGCACCCCUUAGCCAGUGUUUUCUAGGCACUCAGGACCUCUUUCAUAGCCCUCCCCCCAACUUGGUCCCCCCUACCCACAGGCCUUUGCGGUGUUGCCUUUUUCUUCCUCACCUCCGCGGCGGCCUGGACCCUUACCCACAAUUCCGUUCGCCUUUGGGGGACCUGGAUCUUUUACCCAUAAGCCCCUGGCUGGAGGGGCUGCUGCACAGGACCCUUUUGCCAUUGAUCGGCGGCUUCUUGCCGCCCUCACCCUGUAACCUGUUUUCUGAGACUUGACAAGAUGACACAGUUUCUGCCACCCAACCUUCUGGCCCUCUUUGCCCCCCGUGACCCCAUCCCAUACCUACCACCCCUGGAGAAACUGCCACAUGAGAAACACCACAAUCAACCUUACUGUGGCAUUGCGCCCUACAUCCGGGAGUUUGAGGACCCUCGAGAUGCCCCUCCCCCAACUCGAGCAGAAACCCGGGAGGAACGCAUGGAGAGGAAGAGACGGGAAAAGAUUGAGCGGCGACAGCAGGAAGUGGAGACAGAGCUUAAAAUGUGGGACCCUCACAAUGAUCCCAAUGCUCAAGGGGAUGCCUUCAAGACUCUCUUUGUGGCUAGAGUGAACUACGACACAACAGAAUCCAAGCUCCGGAGAGAGUUUGAGGUGUACGGACCCAUCAAAAGAAUCCACAUGGUCUACAGUAAGCGGUCGGGGAAGCCCCGCGGCUACGCCUUCAUCGAGUACGAACACGAGCGAGACAUGCACUCCGCUUACAAACACGCAGACGGCAAGAAGAUUGAUGGCAGAAGAGUCCUUGUGGACGUGGAGAGGGGCCGAACUGUGAAGGGCUGGAGGCCCCGGCGGCUAGGAGGUGGCCUCGGAGGCACCAGGAGGGGCGGGGCUGACGUGAACAUCCGGCACUCGGGCCGGGACGACACGUCCCGCUAUGACGAGAGGCCGGGCCCCUCCCCGCUUCCCCACAGGGACCGGGACCGGGACCGCGAGCGGGAGCGCCGGGAACGAAGCCGCGAGCGCGACAAGGAGCGAGAACGGCGACGCUCCCGCUCUCGGGACCGGCGGCGGCGCUCCAGGAGUCGAGACAAGGAGGAGCGGAGGCGCUCCAGGGAGAGGAGCAAGGACAAGGACCGGGACCGCAAGCGGCGAAGCAGCAGGAGCCGGGAGCGGGCGCGGCGGGAGCGAGAGCGCAAGGAGGAGCUGCGAGGUGGCGGCGGCGGCGGUGGUGGUGGUGGUGGCGGCGGCGGCGGUGGCGGCGACAUGGCGGAGCCCUCUGAGGCUGGUGACGCGCCUCCUGACGACGGGCCUCCUGGGGAGCUGGGCCCUGACGGCCCUGAUGGUCCAGAGGAGAAGGGUCGGGAUCGCGACCGGGAUCGACGUCGGAGCCACCGCAGCGAGCGGGAGCGGCGCCGGGACCGGGACCGGGACCGGGAUCGAGAGCACAAGCGGGGGGAGCGGGGUGGUGAGCGGGGCAGGGAUGAGGCCCGAGGUGGGGGCGGCGGCGGCGGCGGCCAGGACAACGGGCUGGAGGGUCUGGGCAACGACAGCCGAGACAUGUACAUGGAGUCCGAGGGAGGCGACGGGUAUCUGGCUCCAGAGAACGGGUACUUGAUGGAGGCCGCGCCAGAGUGAAGACGGCGUCUCACCUGUCACCUGUUUGUUUGGACGUGUCCCUCCCCGCCCCAUUGCUGUCAUCCUCUUCCCUCAGUCUUGGCCUUCUGAGUUCGCCAGCCAAGGGUAGGAGUCUCCUUACUUGUUCUGGUCCCUUGGAUUUAAAAAUAAAAUUAAUUUCCUGUUGAUAAAGGGCCCCUUGGUUUCUUCACUGCCCCGUGUCUUCUCUCCCAAGAUUGUCUGUCACCAGCCCUACUCUGGCUUGUUUUCCAGGGCCUGCCUUGAACU